UUCUGUUGCUGCUGUGUCUGCUAUUGUUGCUAUGUCUGUCGUAUCAUAGAGCAGUGUAAUUGCUGCUGCUGUUUUGUUUGUUGCUGCUACUAUUUUUCUACGGCUGCUGCUGCUGCUGUUUUGCUGCUAAUUUUCUGUUAUGGCAACUAUUUUUCAUGUCAAGAUGGUGUAUCUUGCUGCUUUUUCCUAUGGUGUAUGGUCUACUGCUCUUUCUUAGGAUUUUUGUUGGCAUCCUUCGUGGUUAUUAUUCCAAGAUGAGUGGACUUACCCUAUGUAUUACAUGUACGAUUGUAUGAUAUCAGGAAACAAGCUUGGUGUUGUUAAGAUGGUGGACAAAGAUUGGGUGCGUUUGAAUAGAUGCACUGACGAGUAUAUGAACGCAGCAUUGAACUUUGUGGAGAUGGCUAAUCAAAAUGCAGAAUAUGUAGGAAAGAUUCUAUGCCCUUGCAAACAUUGUCGGAAUUUGAGCCACCAUCGUGUUGAUGAUGUUUAUGAACACUUGGUCAUAAAUGGAAUGGAUCCUACAUACACAACUUGGUUUCAUCAUGGGGAGGAGCCAAGUGCUGCACAAAAACCUAAUGAAGCGGAAACGUCAGAUGCUCAUAACUUAUACAGUGCGACUUAUGCACGAGAUGCCGACCAUCUUGAACCACUCGACGAAGCUAAAGAUAAGGUCUUUGCAAAAGCAUUAGGGGAUGCAGAAACUCCAUUAUACCCUGGUUGUGAAAACUAUACGAAGUUGUCAGCAAUUGUCACUUUGUACAAGAUCAAAGCUGAAAGUGAAUGGACAGAUGAGAGUUUCACAAUUCUUUUAGGGAAACUUCACGAUAUGUUCCCCAAGGACAAUUCACUGCUAUGCUCUGUUCGUGCAGUUAGAAAGUUCCUUAAAACAUUUGAAUUGGGUUACGAGAAAAUUCAUGCUUGUGUGAAGGAUUGUUGUUUAUUUAGGAAAGAGAACGCAGAAUUGGAGAAUUGUCCAAAAUGUGGUUGUUCAAGAUGGAAGGUAGACGUACGCACAAAGAAAAUAAAAAAAGGGGUUCCUGCCAAAGUGUUGAGAUAUUUUCCAAUAAUUCCAAGGUUUCAGAACAUGUAUAGGUCAUUGCAAGUAGCUAAAGAUUUGACAUGGCACUCUACUCAUAGAAGCAGUGAUGCCAAGAUGCGACACCCAGUAGAUUCACCAACUUGGAAAACAAUCGAUGAUAAGUGGCCAUCUUUCUCAGCAGACCCACGGAAUCUAAGACUUGGUCUUGCUACUGAUGGUUUCAAUCCAUUUCGGAAUUUGAGUUCGACGUAUAGUUGUUGGCCCGUUAUGUUGGUUAUGUACAACUUGCCACCUUGGUUAUGGAUGAAAAAGGAAAAUGUUUUGUUAACACUUUUGAUUCCAGGACCUAAGCAACCGGGUAAUGAUAUUGAUGUAUAUCUACGACCUCUUAUAGAAGACCUACAAAUUUUGUGGACCAACGGAGCACCUGUCUAUGAUAGGUUCACUAACUCUACAUUCAAUUUGAGGGCAAUUUUGAUGUGGACAAUGCAUGAUUUUCCAGCAUAUGGAAAUGUUGCCGGGUGUACGACAAAGGGUAAAUUUGCAUGUCCUAUUUGUGGUGAAAAUACACGUUUUCUAUGGCUGAAAUUCAGUAGGAAAACUGUAUAUUUGUGCCAUAGGUGCUUUCUUCCACCAUCUCACCCCUUUCGGAAGAAAAAAUCAUGGUUUGAUGGAAAGGAAGAAAAGGGGAAAAAACCUAGAAUCAUGACUGGCAAACAAAUUUCGGAAACCCUGAAAGAUAUGAAGAAUGACUGGGGGAAAGGUGGAGAAGGAAAUAAAAAACGAAAGCGGGACAAUGAAGUUAAACAAAGGCGGAAAAAGAGGUCAAUCUUUUUUGAUUUAUCAUAUUUUGAGGUAAGUGUUAUCAACCGGCAUUUUGAUCAAUCUAUAUCUUAUAUUUACAUAUAUUGAUCUUAUUAUAGUUUAUGAUUGUUUCUCUACUAUUCUUUGUAGGAAUUGCUAGUACGAAA